AUGGUUAUUAUGAGUAAUCAUAUUAAUGAAACAAAGGUUAAGAAUGAAACGUUAAAUAAUGAAAGUAUGGAAGGUAAUAUUGAUAUCGAUGAUUACAAAUACUCUAAUUUAAGAACAUUAACAAGACAGGUAGUAUUAUCUAUAUUAAUUAUAAUAGCUGUUGCAAUAUGUUGGACUGGUGGAACACAAUUUUCAAAAUCUGCUUUAAUUAUUGAUCCAAAACAUUUUUAUGCUCCGUAUACAAUGACAUGGUUUAAUACAAAUUUUAUGAUUUUAUGUUAUCCUACAUACUUAAUAUACAUAUUAAUAAGACAUGACAGAGACAUUGAAUAUUUAAAAAGUUGUCAUAAUGAAGCUUUAAGAAUAUAUCAAGUAUAUUCAAUAAAAUCUAAAUUUGUACAAUAUUUGAUGUCUACAAUAUUAUUUCUUAUAUUUUGGAUUGGAGCAAAUUAUUGUUAUUCAAUGUCACUUGUAUAUGUUGCGGCAUCAAUUACAACAUCAAUUUCAGCCGCCAAUACAGCAAUUGUCUUAAUAUUAUCAUGGAUUAUAUUAAAAGAUAAAUUUAACUUUUAUCAAAUUAUAUCUAUUGUAUGUGCCGUGUCAGGAGUUGUGAUUAUCUCAUUAGAUAAAUCAACAUCUACUAAUUCAUCCUUUUGGGAACAUUUUUUAGGUAUAUUGCUUGCAAUAUUAUCAGCAGCAUUCUCAGCUACUUAUAAAGUUUUUUUUAAAAAAAUAAUAGGAAAUGCAAAUCUUGGGCAAGUUUCAAUUUUUAUGACAGGUUUAGGAAUGAUGAAUCUUAUUAUUAAUAUUAUACCAUGCAUUUUUUUUAUUAUUUAUAAAGGAGAAAUAAUUGAAUUUAGUUAUAUUCCAUGGUUACCAAUAAUUGGAAGUUCUUUAUUAUCAUUAUUAUUUAAUUUUUUAAUUAAUUUUGGAAUAGCAUUAUUACAUCCUUUAGUUAUAAGUAUUGGAAUGUUAAUGGGAAUCCCAUUAAAUAUAAUAGUUGAUAUUUUAUUUAGACAUCUUAAUGUUAAAAAAGAUUUUUUAAUUGGUGGUUCUUUAAUAUUAUUAAGUUUUAUUCUUAUUGUAUUUCCAUUGGAUAUAUUUAUAAAAGAACAUUUUAAAAAAUGGAGAAAAAAUAGGAAUAAGAAUGCUUAA